GCGGACCCGGUCGGAGGCAGCAACUUGUGCGAGUCCGGGUGGCCGCGGCGCACCGUGCGGCCCGAGCUCCCUGCGGGGACCGAGGGACCGUCUUGCCCCGGGCCAGCGGCCGGCUCCGCAACAAUAGCCACAACACGGGCACCUCGGGCUCCCUGGUAGCUUACCUCCGCGGACCUCGGCUGCGUGGCGCGGAGCCCCUGGGUCCCCCGUGACCUCCUCCCCACCCCCCGCGCGCCCUUCCCCCGCUCUCCCGCAUCCCACCCUGCCGGGUGACAGCGCCCCCGACGCCUCUUCCGGACCCGGAGGUGCAAUCUCGGCCCUUGUGGUCAGUCGCCGGCCCGGGGAGGUGGUCGUUGGCUCAGGUGCCGCGGCGCCGCCGAGUCCCCGCAGCUCGCCCACGCGCGGCGAAAGGAUCCGGAUUUUGUAUAAGUUACUUUCAUCAUGGGAGAAAUAGAACAGAAGCCUACCCCAGCAUCACGACUGGGGGCCCCAGAGAAUUCGGGGAUCAGCACCUUGGAACGAGGACAGAAACCGCCCCCCACACCUUCAGGAAAACUCAUGACUGUCAAAAUCCAGAUGUUGGAUGACACCCAGGAGGCAUUCGAAGUUCCACAACGAGCCCCAGGGAAGGUGCUGCUUGAUGCUGUCUGCAACCACCUCAACCUUGUGGAGGGUGACUACUUUGGCCUGGAGUUUCCUGACCAUAAAAAGAUCACGGUGUGGCUGGAUCUCUUGAAGCCUAUUGUGAAACAGAUUAGAAGGCCAAAGCAUGUUGUUGUUAAGUUUGUGGUGAAAUUCUUCCCACCUGACCACACUCAGCUCCAAGAAGAACUCACCAGGUACCUGUUUGCUCUGCAGGUGAAGCAGGACUUGGCUCAAGGCAGGUUGACAUGUAAUGACACCAGUGCUGCUCUCUUGAUCUCACAUAUCGUACAGUCUGAGAUCGGGGAUUUUGAUGAAGCAUUGGACAGAGAACAUUUAGCAAAAAAUAAGUACAUACCUCAACAAGAUGCACUAGAAGACAAAAUUGUGGAGUUUCACCAUAACCACAUUGGACAAACCCCAGCAGAGUCAGAUUUCCAACUCCUGGAGGUGGCCCGUCGGCUGGAGAUGUACGGAAUCCGGUUGCACCCGGCCAAGGACAGGGAAGGCACCAAGAUCAACCUGGCUGUCGCCAACACGGGAAUUCUAGUGUUUCAGGGUUUCACGAAGAUCAAUGCUUUUAACUGGGCCAAGGUGCGGAAGCUGAGCUUCAAGAGGAAGCGCUUUCUUAUCAAGCUCCGACCCGAUGUGAACAGCUCAUACCAGGAUACCUUGGAGUUUCUGAUGGCCAGUCGAGAUUUUUGCAAGUCCUUCUGGAAAAUCUGUGUUGAACAUCACGCCUUCUUUAGACUUUUUGAAGAGCCAAAGCCCAAGCCCAAGCCUGUUCUGUUCAGCCGAGGGUCAUCGUUCCGGUUCAGUGGUCGGACUCAGAAGCAAGUUCUCGACUACGUUAAAGAAGGAGGACACAAGAAAGUGCAGUUUGAAAGAAAACAUAGCAAGAUCCAUUCCAUCAGGAGCCUUGCUACAGAGCCCACAGCACUGAAUUCAGAAGUGCCAAAACAGUCUCCACAGAGCACCAGCCUUACCUUUGGAGAAGGUACUGAGUCUCCCGGUAGCCAGAGCUGCCAGCAAGCAAAGGAAGCAAAAGUUUCCACUGUGGAGUUGGGGCCACACCAAAGCCCUGCUCUGUCUAAGAGUCCUCCGGGGAGCAAGCCUGCAGAUGGAACCAUCACGGUGCCGCCCGAGGAAGAGGAAGAGGAGGAGGGCGGCAAAGAUGGCAUCCAGCCUAGUAAACCUCAGCCCCAACAACCAAGCACAGGUUCCUUGACUGGUAGCCCCCACCUUUCAGAGCUGUCCACCAACUCGCAGGGAGGAGUUGUCCCAGCCAACGUGACUUUGUCCCCCAACCUGAGCCCUGACACGAAGCAGGCUUCUCCCUUGAUCAGCCCAUUGCUGAAUGAUCAGGCGUGCCCAAGGACCGAUGAUGAAGAGGAGGGCCGGAGAAAGGUACAGAGAUUCCCAACUGACAAGGCGUAUUUCAUUGCUAAGGAAGUUUCCACCACCGAGCGAACAUACCUGAAGGACCUUGAGGUCAUCACUUCGUGGUUUCAAAGCACAGUCAGCAAAGAAGAUUCCAUGCCCGAAGCCUUGAAAACUCUCAUAUUCCCCAAUUUUGAACCUUUGCACAAAUUUCAUACCAAUUUUCUCAAGGAAAUUGAGCAACGACUUGCCCUGUGGGAAGGUCGCUCAAAUGCCCACAUCAGAGGAGAUUACCAAAGAAUCGGCGAUGUCAUGCUAAAGAAUAUUCAGGGCAUGAAGCACCUGGUGGCCCACCUGUGGAAGCACAGCGAGGCCUUGGAGGCACUGGAGACCUCCAUCAAAGGCUCCCGGAGACUGGAACACUUUUGCCGAGACUUCGAGUUGCAGAAGGUGUGUUACCUACCGCUCAACACCUUCCUCCUGCGCCCAUUACACCGGCUUAUGCACUACAAGCAGGUCUUGGAGAGGCUGUGCAAGUUCCACGAGCCGAACGAUGCUGACUUUAGGGAUUGCCGAGCCGCUUUGGCAGAGAUCACCGAGAUGGUGGCACAGCUGCAUGGCACGAUGAUCAAGAUGGAGAAUUUCCAGAAGCUUCAUGAACUCAAGAAAGAUUUGAUUGGCAUUGACAAUCUCGUGAUCCCAGGAAGGGAGUUCAUCCGCCUGGGCAGCCUCAGCAAGCUCUCCGGGAAGGGGCUUCAACAGCGCAUGUUCUUCCUGUUCAACGAUGUCUUGCUGUACACCAGCCGGGGGCUGACGGCUUCUAAUCAGUUUAAGGUCCACGGGCAGCUCCCACUCUACGGCAUGACGAUCGAAGAGAGUGAGGAUGAAUGGGGGGUGCCCCACUGCCUGACCCUCCGGGGCCAGCGACAGUCCAUCAUCGUGGCUGCCAGUUCCCGGUCAGAGAUGGAAAAGUGGAUCGAGGACAUCCAGAUGGCCAUUGACUUGGCAGAGAAAAGCAAUGGACCUACCCCUGAGCUCCUUGCCAGCAGCCCCCCUGACAACAAGUCCCCAGAUGAAGCCACAGCGGCUGACCAGGAGUCAGAGGAUGAUCUGAGCGCCUCACGCACUUCGCUGGAGCGCCAGGCCCCUCACCGUGGCAACACGAUGGUGCACGUAUGCUGGCAUCGCAACACCAGCGUCUCCAUGGUGGACUUCAGCGUUGCUGUGGAGAACCAACUGUCUGGGAACCUUCUGAGGAAAUUCAAAAACAGCAAUGGGUGGCAGAAGCUGUGGGUGGUGUUCACGAACUUCUGCCUGUUCUUCUACAAGUCACACCAGGACAAUCACCCACUCGCCAGCCUGCCUCUGCUGGGCUACUCACUCACCAUUCCCUUGGAGUCUGAGAACAUCCACAAGGACUAUGUAUUCAAGCUGCAUUUCAAGUCCCACGUGUACUACUUCAGGGCUGAAAGUGAAUAUACCUUUGAAAGGUGGAUGGAAGUGAUCCGAAGUGCCACCAGCUCAGCCUCUCGGGUCCACAUUUUGAGUCACAAAGAAUCUCACCUCUAUUGAUGGCUGGACACAUUUGGUUGUCCCAGCCUCGGCUGCUUUCUUGAAGACACCGGCCUUCUAUAUAAUGAAGCCUAGCAAAUACCUGUCUGAACAGGAUGAGGUUCUCCAGCAGCCCUCACCCACCUCCCUCCACAGGCACAUCUCCUAACCUUGUCUUCUCCACUCUUAAUCUCGUUGGAAUGGAUAGCCCCCCCGCCAAGGUCUGGGGGGCUUUGUCUUGCCAUUCUCAUGGGGGCUCUUUAGCUUGUGCCAGUAUUGAAGCAUUGUCACUGAGAGUGCCAAAUGACAGCUGCCCUCACUCUGAACAUAGGGCAUACACAUCCGUUCAACUGAAGACAGGGAAAGUACUUUUUUCCUUCUUAGAAAAGGACUUUUAUUAUUGUCACCUGCAGGCUGUUUUCAAAAAUGGAUUUUCCAGUGUUCACAACACAUGGCGCAGUCUUAAGCAAAUGAGAUCAUUUUCUGAUUUCAUUUUUUUCAGUCUUUCUACUUUUAUAAUAAUAGGACAUUCAUAGGACUCACUUUCCUUAACUAAUAAGCAAUUUGCAGCGCACUCCAUCCCUGAGGGGUUUGCUCCAGUGACUGUUUUUCAGACCUCCUUUCUCAGUCCAAGUUGACCAAACUGUUUGUGAUUCUUAUUUACAAACUAUAGUGGGGUUGUUUUCUGUUAAGAGAAGCAGAAAUCCAGUGCAAUAACUGGACCAUCACUGUCCUGUGCGUGGUGUGUACAGUGGGGGGCUCUUAGGCUGUGGUGUUUUGCUGUCUGUCUCACAAACAUGAGACACUGUAUGUCACUGACUGGGGCCAUUUGUGCUGUUACGUUAUGGGGCGAUGAGUGAGUGAGCUUCAUGGAGAAGCACUAUGGUAUGGUACGUAGUCCCAGCCCCCGUGAUUGGACCCUGCACAUUCUCUAGUAGUAUCUAUUGUGCCUGUCUUCAAAACAAGUCUUUCUCCUUUUACACUUAUUCCUACCAGGCAUGGGGUAUGGACAGGAUGAUGGCACACAUCCUGGACCCCCAAUGGAAAAACACUUGCCUGUUCUCUAGGCCAACCAGGUGGCUGCCAUUCCCUUUCACAUUAUUGAGCUCUUUGCAAUCAAAGUUGGCCAAUUCAGCACAGUCCUCUCCCAGCACCCUAUAUAUACACCCCAGUGGGGGAAUGCCAACUUACCUGAGAAAUGGAGACCCCACCAAUGUUGUAGAGAUGUGGCUGGUGUCCAUGAUUCACAGGUGGAUGAAGAGUUUGAGAUGUGUUAAUCAUUUGCCUUACAAUAUGUACCAGAUGGUUCUAAAGUACUAACAAAAGGGAAUAAAAAUACCUCACGCCACAUCCAACAUACCGAUGUUUGAAGGCAAAACCACCA